AUGGCAAAUUUGAUUAGAUGCUGCUUGGAUGUCAAGGACAGUGACUUUCAUCUCACCUCUGGAAUUCAGCUCUUUGAUCCGUAUUUGAACCAUGGUUACAAUAAGGACUGGAGCCGAGUGGUUCAGGGAGCAUCAAAACCGGCGAUUGGUGUGCAGGUACACACAAAAAUAAGCCCUAAAAAAUGUGUUCUUACAGAAGCAAAGAAAGCAGGGGAAACUAAUAAACAGUCUAUAGAAUGUAUUUUGAAUGCAAUAUUACCUCCAAGACAAUGGUCAGAGGAUGGGCAGAUAUGGAUUCAACAAAUAUCUACUAUUCCAGCCACUCGAACAGAUGUGAUAAAUCUGCAGGAAAGCUUAGAUAGAAAACUGCAGCAAAGGCAGGCUCGGGAAACUGGCAUUUGUCCUAUUCGCCGGGAGUUAUAUGCACAAUGCCUUGAUGAGCUGAUUAGACAGAUCACCAUCAACUGUCCAGAACGUGGACUGCUGCUCCUUAGAAUUCGUAAUGAGAUUCUCAUGACCUUUGCAGCGUAUGAGACCUUGUAUGAAAGUAGUGUUGCAUUUGGGUUGAGGAAGGCUCUCCAAGGAGAUCUAGAAAAAAUUUUACUGCGUCAACAGAUUGAAGCACUUAAACAAGAAAUAGCCAAUCUUCAAAAUGAACUCACCGAAAUGAAAGCUAAAUAUAAUGCAGUCGAGAAACGAUUUACUGAGAGGAAAGAGCUGGAUGACAAGAGACAUUCAGAAGAAAUCAUUACCCUUAGAAGGAUCAAUCAACAAUUGAAGCUGCAGCUUGAAGGUGUCAUUACUUUCAGGAGAUGA